AUGGAGAUGACAGUUGGUGAAAUGGAGUCAAUACCUGAUGAGAGUAACAUGUUGGAAUCCAGAAAUGAUACUUGGGAGCCACCAAAAAGCAUAAAGGUCAAGAUUAAUUUUGAUGGUGUUGCUGGUCCAAGAGGCUUUGCUUGUGGGGUUGUGGCAAGAGACUCUGAAGCGAAAUUCCAGGGCUGCAAGAAUAAGAGUCUAACUCAUUGCAAGGCAGUGGAAGCUGAGGGUCAAGGAACUAUGACAGCUGUGGAAUUGGCCAGAAGGAAAGGCUUCAGAGAUAUUAUUUUGGAAGGGGACUCCUUGAUAGUUAUAAAUGCUUUCAGAUAUACUCAUUAUAAGCCCAACUGGAGAAUACAAAAUAUGAUCAACAGAAUCAAGGAGGAGCUCAAGAAUUUCAGGUCUGUUGAAUAUAGGUACAUCAACAAAAAUUCCAACAAAGUGGCAAAUAAUGUCGCAACUUUAGCCGUUGACAACCACUCAUCAGAUGAGUGGAUCACUUCUCCUCCUUUUUGUAUUGCUCAACUCAUUGUGAGUGAGUAUUCUUCUACUUUGUAG